GGAACAAAAGACUCCACGGUCACGACACGAACCCGUCGUGCCGAACUUCACUUCAUCUUGCGGGGGAAGAAAGGAAGACCAGCGCGGAGACGCAGCCAUGUGGCGGCGGGUUCUGUCGGCGGCGCUCACGCUGGGCGUCGGCGCCGGCGGGGCCGCCAUCGCCUCCUCCGACGACCCCGCCGCGACCCUCAAGAUCUGCACGCACCUUCCCCCUCGCCUCCUCCGCGACUCCGUCGCCGCCACCACCAUCGCGCUCGACUACCAGUACUCCCUGUGGGGCCUCGAGCCGGGCACCCCCGCCUGGCUCCAAGCCAAGCACGAAACCCACCUUCGGUCAGCCAACCGCCUCCAGGAGCUCUGCUUCCGCAACGGCGGCAUCUACAUCAAGCUCGGCCAGCACAUUGCACAGCUGGAGUAUGUGGUGCCAGAGGAGUACGUGCAGACGAUGAGGGCAUCGAUGCUGAAGAGAUGCCCCGUUUCGUCAUACGAGGAAGUCCGCCGGGUGUUCAGGAAAGAUAUUGGGGAAUUGCCGGAAACUGUUUUUGCAGAAUUCGAUCCUGUUCCACUCGCAAGUGCUUCUCUUGCACAAGUUCACGCCGCCACAACACAUGAUGGACAAAAAGUUGCUGUUAAGGUUCAGCACGACCACUUAACAGAUACGUCUGUAAUAGAUAUCGCCACUGUGGAUUUGUUAGUGAAUGCUCUUCAUUAUAUUUUCCCUACAUUUGACUAUAGGUGGUUAGUUGAUGAAAUUCGAGAAAGUGCGCCAAAGGAAUUAGAUUUUUUGUGUGAAGCUGCAAACAGUGAAAGAUGUUUGGAUAACUUUAGAAAGUUGUCUCCUAAAAUUGCGAAUAGCAUAUAUGCCCCCAAGGUUUAUUGGAGCCUUAGCACACCGAGAAUUCUCACUAUGGAGUAUAUGGAUGCCAAGGAGGUAACUGAUGUCAAAGGCAUUAAAGACCUUGGAGUUUGCCCUGUUGAUGUUUCAAACCUAGUCAAUAAAGCAUUUGCUGAGAUGAUUUUCAAGCAUGGUUUUGUUCAUUGUGAUCCCCAUGCUGCCAAUAUGAUGAUCCGACCCUUGCCACAAGACAGUGGAAAAUGGCUUGGACGAAAACGGCCACAAUUGAUUCUUCUCGACCAUGGUCUUUACAAAGAACUUGAUUACGCUACUCGGAUAAACUAUGCUAACCUUUGGAAGGCACUUGUUUUCGCUGAUGAAAAAGCAAUUAAGGAGUACAGCGUCAAACUAGGUGCUGGGGAGGAUCUUCACGCACUUUUUGCUGGUGUUCUCACAAUGAGGCCAUGGAAAAGUGUCAUUGACCCAUCUGUUGGCCAUCUUGUCCUGGAUGGGAAUAAUGCUGAUCGUUCUGAAGUUCAGAUGUAUGCUUCCUUAUAUUUCCCACAAAUCUCGGAACUCCUGAGGAGACUCCCAAGGGUUAUCUUGCUGAUGCUGAAGACAAAUGAUUGUUUACGCGCAGUCAAUCAUGCCCUGGUUGGAGGUUCUCCCUUGGAAUCAUUUGAAACCAUUGCACGAGUUUCUUCUGAAGCUGUCUUUGAAGCUAAAAGGACGGAGCAUAGAUUCUUUUUAUAUAGAUUUAUAAUAUGGCUAGAGGAAAUUUGGCUGGAGGUUCGAUUCUUGACUUUGAAGAUGUGGCUGCCAUUCAUGCAGCUCAGGAAGUUAUUGUCUGCAUAAAAGUUGCUCGGCGUAUCACAGUUUUUCUACUACCGUAAAUGCGAAAUUGGCAUUUAGUUAUUUUUAAAGAGAAAAAUGCCACUUCUCUUAACGUCGCCAUGUUUUUAUGCAUUAUUCUUUGAUGGACCAUUUCCACCAUGACUGGUCUUCCUUGAUUGUACACCUCCCUGUUGAAGAGAUGACAAUUCAACAGCAUAUGUUGAUUUUGAUAGGUGGAAACAAGUGAGUAUACAGAUUCCAAUACUAUGUGUUGCCAAAUUUAAGAAUUGUCUCUAGAACAUCCACAAGUGUAAAAUUCGGCGGAUCAAAAUUGCAGCUUCAUUUGUUUCA